UUGCACAGUACUGUAUAUAUUAAAAUGUAAUAUUUUGCACACAUCCUCUGGUUUUCACCUGCAGUUCAAUCUGGAACAUCUGCACAGUAAACAUUCAAAUGUAAGUAAGGGGUUAAAUAGUUCAACAGCAGCUCUAGUUCACUUCCUUCAGGUAAUGAUUUGCAAGGCUGUGUGAGGCAAAUUGUAAUGGUUUGCUGAGUCAGUGUACUACUGAAGUACAAAGAAGAAAUCAUGACCCAUAGGCUGUUUGAAGACAAGCACCAUUCCUCCAUUUACCAACUCUACCGCUUUGUCCCUCCUGAUGAGGUCAAGAACUUGAUCCUUCAAUAUUUGGAUGAGAAGAAAGGACCACCCCAUCUUCUUGCAGUUGACCUGGGCUGUGGAACAGGACAGAACACUCGUCUUCUGGCACCUUACUUUUUGGAUGUGGUGGGCAUUGAUGUCAGUGAAAGCCAAAUUGAGGAAGCAAGGGCAGUGCGUGGCUGCCCUAAUGUCACCUAUAGAACUGGAAUCGCAGAGGAGCUGCCCUUCCCCGAUGGCUCAGUGGACCUGCUGACUGCUGCCUCAGCUGCUCACUGGUUUAAUCCAGAGAAGUUUCUGAGAGAAGCAAACCGGAUCCUGAAGCCCCGUGGUUGCAUUGCCCUAUUGGGGUAUGUUGACAUCUUGGAACUGAAUUAUGGCUGCUGUGGAGACAGAAUCACCAGCAUCUACCAGGAGGUUCUUAAUUUCCUGUUGCCUUACAUGAGCAUGAAGGUGACAGUUGCCAACAGCAAACUCCAAGACCUUUUUGAGGCAAUCCCUUUCCCAGAUAAAAAGAGAGUGGACACUAUCCCAGUGAAGAUGCACAUCUCGGUCAGUGAGGUAGCUGGCCUCAUUGAGACCUUCUCCUUCUACCAGGAGUAUCGAAGAGCCCAGCCAGAAGCGGGUGCAGCACUGCUCCAAAAUACACAGACAAGAUUUCUGGAAGCGAUGGGUGUCUCUUCCCCUGACACAAGGAUAGAAAUCAAAUUGAACUACUUCUGUAUACUGGCAUGCAAGCCUUUGUAA